CCUCCUCCUGGCUGUCUCUUUUCCCCUCUGCUUCUCUCAUCGAAGAUGCUCGGUGGAUAAAACGUACAUUUUUGUAGUUGUCGUUCUUUUUGUGCCUCUAUUUGACUUAAAAUACCUUUAUGUUAGUGUCAAUCGAGGCUGCUUUCGGUGCCGGGCGAGAAAGGGCAGACAAAAAGGAUGUAUCUGUGCUCCCGGUGUUUUUUUCAACCAGACGCCGGCCAGUAUCCGCCCUCCGCCGCUUCGUGGAGCCGUUGAGCCGCGUUGCUGAAGGGGUUCCCCUUUAAUAUCCCCCCCAUCCUUCCUCUGCUUUUUCCUCUCCGCCUGUUUGCUCCUCUGCUCACAACAGUACAGUACACACUCUGGUAGUGGCAGCAACCAACACAACUGAGUCCAGCACUCUCUCCUCGUAGCUUCAGCGGCUUCUGCUCUCUAUAAACUAGCCAUUUAUCAUCAAUCAUGGCCGCCGGAGUACAAAUUUAACUCCCGUCUUUCCUCCCUGUCGUCUGGAGGGGAGGAUUUUUUUUUCUUUUUUGGUUUGAAGAAGCAAAAAUAUUAGCCCCCACACUGAUUUGGAUUUCCUCUUGGAAUUACAGUACAGCUCACAAGGGAAAUACCAUUCAUGUCAAUACUUCAAAAUGCAGCCGCCGCCGAGGAAGGUCAAAGUGACACAGGAGCUGAAAAACACUCACACGGAGCAGAUGACAAGACUGCACUUUAAAAACCAGACUGAAUGUGACCUGUUGGAAGACAUGAGGAGCUACAGUCUGAAGAAGGGACAGCUAGAACGAGACUAUGCACAGGCUCUGCAGAAGUUAGCGAGCCAGUACCUAAAGAGAGACUGGCCUGGUAUCAACCCCGAUGACCAGAGAACAGACUAUAGGAAUGUGUAUGCAGUGUGGAGGUCCUAUUUAGAAGGUACAGUGCAGGUGAGCCAGUCCAGGCUCAAUGUAUGUGACAACUACAAGAGUCAAGUAUCAGAGCCUGCUAAGACUGUUAGGCUCUAUAAGGAGCAGCAACUCAAAAAGACCAUAGAUCAGUUGAGUGGCAUUCAAGCAGAGCUGCAGGAGUCGGUGAAAGAGUUGGCCAAAGCCAAGAAAAAAUACUACGACUGUGAGCAGGUUGCCCACGCUGUACGAGAGAAAGCCGACAUAGAGGCCAAGUCCAAACUGGGUCUGUUUCAGUCCAGAAUUAGUUUACAGAAAGCAAGUGUAAAGUUGAAAGCCAAGAGAAGCGACUGUAACUCCAAAGCGACACAGGCCAGGAAUGACUACUUGCUAACACUAGCUGCUGCAAACGCUCACCAUGACCGCUACUACCAUACAGAUCUACUGCACUGCAUACAGGCCUUGGAUGGUAGAAUCUAUGAGCAUGUGAAAGACUACCUGGUAUCUCUGUGUCGUACCGAGCUGGAGGCCUCACAAGCUACACACAACACUUUCCAGUUCCUUUUGGACAAAUCCACAAGGAUAAUACAAGAGUUUAACCAGCAGUUGUUCAUGCAAGAGAAUCCCGUGUUUCACAAAGCACACGACUUCCAGUUCCAGCCCAGCGAAUGUGACACGACUCUGAGCUCGGUGCAGCAGUUGGUGGACAUUGAGCCGUCGCCCGUCAGUGCCAUGAGAAUGACCCUGGCACAGAGUCGUCAGCUGGAGUCGGAGUCGGGGACGACGGAGGAGCACAGUUUGAACAAAGAGGCCAGGAAAUGGGCAACAAGAGUGGCCAGAGAGCACAAGAAUAUCAUUCACUGCAAGAGAUCUCUGGAGGAGUGUGAGAGCCACGGCCUGCCUCCCACAGAGCAGGGCAGACUAGAUCUGGAGCUGAAGAUAGAAGACACCAAAGAAAGCAUGCGCAAAGCUGAGACAAUAAAGUUGAAAGCUGAGGCUCGGUUGGACCUUCUACGGCAAGUGGGGGUUGCUGUGGAUACGUGGCUGAAGAGCGCCAUGAACCAGGUGAUGGAGGAGCUGGAGAAUGAACGCUGGGCCAGCUACACUUCCCACGAUCCCUCACUGUCGGGCACAGUGGACUUGGAGCGCGAGGAAGGCGAAGAGUGUGAAGAGAAUAUGGAGGUUUUUGAUGACAGCAGCUCCAGUCCUUCGGGAACCCUGCGCAACUACCCGCUAACCUGCAAAGUCCUGUACUCAUACAAGGCAUCUCAGCCAGACGAGUUAACAAUUGAUGAACAGGAGAUGUUGGAGGUCAUUGAGGAUGGAGACAUGGAGGACUGGGUCAAGGCACGCAAUAAGACAGGUCAAGUGGGAUACGUCCCUGAGAAAUACCUACAGUUCCCGACCUCCAACAGCCUGCUGAGCAUGCUCCAGUCUCUGGCUACGCUUGAUGCCCGAUCACACACCUCGUCCAAUUCCACGGAGCCCGAGCUGCACUCUGGCUGCAUCAAUGGAGACACAAACAUGGUGUAUGUCCGCGCACUUUACGAUUACGAGGGCCAGGCAGACGAGGAACUGUCCUUCUGCGAGGGAGCUGUGAUCCGUCUGUUGAGCCGUGACACUCAGACGGACGACGGCUUCUGGGAGGGCGAGCUGAACGGGCGGGUGGGUGUUUUCCCCUCCGUGCUGGUAGAAGAUCUCACAGAGAACGGGGAGACCAGUGGAGGAGGGGCAGGUGACACACAGAUCUCUCCAUCUUUAAAGUUGCCAUCCUCUCUGCCACCUCUCCCGCUGUACGACCAACCCCCCAUCAGCCCCUUCACCAGCCCCGAGACCUCCACCCCGCCUCCUCUGCCUCGCUCACCCUCUGCUGCACUUAACGGGGAGCAUAAACCUCCGCUGCCCGCCUCGUCACACAAAGGGCCGCUGUCCACCCACAAUCAAAGCUCUGGCAGGAGUCCAGUGUCUCCUGGAUUUGCUCAGACUCAGCCGCUGCGGUUCACUCCUGAAGGAGGCCCUGGCAAACUACGACCAGUGCGAGCUGCUCCUCCUCCACCCAAACAGCAUCCCCGCCGACAGCAGGAGAAAAGCGACAAGACGGAGGAGGUGGAGAUCACGCUGGUGUGACAGACAGACGAGCUGACGGGCGGCUGCAGGCACACAAAAAUGAAAACGGAUCAAAGACAGACGUAUCCUACAGGCUGAGGAACCGAACUGCUCUGAACUGAAGUGAGCGUAGAUAAAGUGAUGUGAAGUAAAACCGAAGUGAACCACGUCGACCCCCUCCGGCCGCUCCGCAUCUUCUCUCAUCCUCUAGUUGAGGAGGGGACAAAGCCAGAGUAUCCAGUUAAAUAAUCUCUGUAUUAGCUUCCUAAUGAAGUGCAGCAGUAGCUGCCCCCACAUGCCUCUUCACCCUCCCUUGUCUUUCCAUUCUUGCCUUAAAACCUCACCUCAGUGCGCCGUAAACCAGACAUGAAGAGGAGGAAGAAUGUUUGGAGAGAGGGAGUGUGAGGAAAAGUUACUGAUGGGUUUGGCAAGUUUUCUUCUGUUUUGUUAGACUUACUUUAAGAUAAGGAACACAAUUUAUCUCCGCUACAUUUCACGUUUUUCACAGUCGCUAAUAUUUAAUCAUGAAGUAUUAAAAAUGUUUUAGAGCCCAAGAACUAACGAGAUGUAGGCGGGGUUAUCAGACAUGUCAAAUACAUAAAUAGUAAGUUAGAAAAAAAACAUAAUAUGAAUAAAGUUAUAUGCUCUUCUUUUAAUUAGACCUUGAAUCAGUUGAUUAAAUAAAUUAAAUGCUAUUUAUUUAACUCCUCUAUUUGUCUAUUCCCUUUUUUACCCACACACAUGAGCUGAACGGCUGAUAUGCAGAGGGCCAUUUAGGAAACCAGUAAAUAAUCUGUUCUGUGGGCAGAAAAUGUUUUCACCCAGACACUUAAAGUCUUAGAGGAUUUUAGAGAUCAACUUGAACAACAGAUGGUAUUUUUAAGCUAAAUUGGAGUUUUGAAGACAUCUCUGGUGACGUUUCUUUUGAUAAAACCAAUAUUUUGCCGCAAAUUGGGGCUAACAGUCCUCUGUUGUGAGAGAAGGUGAAUCGUAAAUUGAUAAAUGAUUAAAAAGGAAAGUAAAAUGAAUUAGUUUUACUUCAUUUAUAUCCCACUGCUGCUUAAAACUUUUUUUAACUUGUCUGAUUCCUUUCACUACAUUUCAUAAGUGUCAGGGCUCUAUCAAAGUAAGCUUGAUGAAAGGAAAUAAGGAGGAAACUUGCUAAAUUUGUCAUAUUUUGAAGUAAAGUGGGGGUUCAAGUCAAUGGACAGAGAAGCUGGGCUCCAGCCCUUCCCUCGCCAUAUAUAGUCAUUAUCAUCAUACGUAUUUAAUGUGUAUUAGUACAGUACAUUACUGUCGUCAUAGGAAUGUUAUGCACAGCGUUUCAUAUAGACUAACUCAGCUGAAUGGAGAACCAUGUCUGAUAUGUAGUGGAAGUUUUACCUUCAUCUUAUACUGAAAGGGCGUUUGUAAAUACGGUGGGAAGGAGAGAUGAAAGGAGAGAAGGCAGGAGAGGAUGAGAGACAAAAGGAGGCUGGAUCCUCCCCUCUGCUCUUCACCUCUCCUCGCAUCCCUCCUUUACGUCUCCCCCUCUUUUCUAUAAUGUCUGUUCUGUCUGUUGGCAGUCAGUGUGAAUCAGUGGCUAUCAUAUACACACAUAGUUACUUUAUAUUGCACUCACGUUGCUAUAUCUUCUCUCAUUCUGUGCGCUGUGUGUUUGUAUCACAGGGUGGUUCAGGAGAAGGCGGCCGGUGCUUUGGAAGGCAUCAGAAUUGUUGGUAUUCACUAUGUGGUGACAGAGAAGUUUUAUUUGAGAUGACAUAGACACUGAAAAAUAUCUGGUGAUUCAGGAGUUUUGCCGAAGCACAGAAUGAACUCUAUAGCGUUUCUCCCUACAGAUCAUAUCUCCUCUUACAUUGAUUUUCAUCAUUUAUAACAUUGUUCAGUUCAGCCGUGACGUAUAUCCUUGUUUACGUGACAUGCGUUACAUUCGCUGGUGUUAUUUUUCUCUGGGGUCCCGACAAGCUUCCCCAUCACACCACGAUGCGAGUGUAGCUUUUUAAUGCAGCAGAGAAAACAAGUGAACCUUUAACUUUUCCUUAUCCUUUCAUUGUGUCUUACAUUUCAACUUUAACGAUGGUGGAAACAGAAAUCGAAAGAGGUGUAUAAAGCAAAUAUAUCAUGGAUGGAACUAGCAAAUGACAUUCAAAUGGAGCCAAGUACAAAUCUGUGGUGUUUUUUAGUCAAAGUAAAUAAAUCUACCCCCUUACAUACCUUUCAAGCCUUUAAAAGUCCUAGCCUAAAGGGCAGCGUAGCACUUUUAAUUUAUUUGUACCUUCCCUGGAAAGUAGCAGUAUAGCAUCAGCAUGAAUAGAAAACAUUCUGAUGAGUCACUGUAGUUACAGCAGUCAGUUGUUCUUUUUCAUUCUGAUUCUAUGGACUCUUUGUUUCAGUGUGACUGAUACUUUUAUAGAAAAAAAAUGAAUUCUCUACUCUUCCAGAGAAAGGGAGAGAUGAUUGUGGACAGUGUCAUUUGGUGUUAAUUUAUAAGAAACAAAACAAUAAUCACAUUACGGGAUGUUUUGAAUGCAGAUAUGGAGGGAAUGUGUUUGUCUGGUCUCGGGAUAGGCCUGGCUGUUUGUGUGAUUGUUUAUGAGAGAGAGGAGGAAUUUUGAUCAGAUCUGUUUGUCUCUGAAGAUGUGUCCCAGUUCCUUAUUACACAUUACCAAGGUUUGAGCUCAAAGAGUGUUCGUGCUGAAUAAAUAACAACUUAAAGUUUACUGCUGAAUGUCAGUUUGGUACUCAAUUGACUUUUUAAAGUUUUUUUAGUGUUUGGUUGUUAGACUCUGAUGUCCCAGAAUGCAGUGAAGCUGUUCACAGCUUGAAACGAUUCAGAAUUAUUGUUCUUGACUCCAGAAAUGUGACAAAACAUAGAAAAAGGUUUCUUUGUUCAAGUCAUUAUCAAUGCUCUGAAGUUGUAAUUUUGCUGUAUUAAAGUCUAUUCAUUUCUUGUGUUCUAACUGCAAAAAUAGUUUAUUUGGAGUAUGAAAUUCAGUUUGAAGAACUCACAGCAUUGUAUUGGGAUGUAGUUUCAUGUUGGGACACAGCUUUAGGCCUCAUGCAAGAAGAGAAGAAACUUCAGUCUGAGUUCAAACUGAUUGGUUUGCUCUUUGCAAAGUGGAGAUGAAUUAUAUCAGAUUGAGAAAAGUGAUGUGAGAAAUGAAACCACAACAUUUUUGUAGCAUCCACACCUAACAAACUGAAGCAUGCUGGAAUUAGUUACACUUUCAGAUACGAACCUCUGCUCUUCUGCUGUUUGGGACUUAGCAUUGACUUGGAACAGCGACUUGAACAGCAGCCUCUCCUUGAUCUCUCUGAGAUCUUAUUUAACGGUUUUCGAACUUGUUUUGAAGUUUAUGGUUCGUCCACAGAACUUUCCACCGUAAAUGCUCUAUCAGUCAGUCUCAUCAAGUAUAAAAUUUAUGGCUUUUUGUUGCCAGUUGCCUCUUUGAACAUGAUUAUUUUCCCUUUUUAACAGUCCCUUUGGUCUGCUACAGUGUUCAUUUUUUAUUGGUAUGAGCCUGUUUUUUUUUUUUUAUGUUUUAUAUAAUUCUUUAUUUUUCAUGCGCGGAUUUGGAGCAGCACAGCUGCUGUUAUAAACGAUGUGGUGGAUAAACUGGCCUUCUCUCUCUUCAGACUGUUGCCAUGGUGACAAUAAUGAGAACAGGUGCAAAAGUCUUUCUGCAUAUUAUUAUUGGCUGUACAAAAAAUAAAGUUUGUAUUUAUUGUGUACAAAUGUUAAUUAAUAAAAAAAUAUGGAAAAGUU